AUGGCAAUAUAUGGAGAUUCCCUCUUGCGUCCCCAGCCCCUGGAUGCGCAAAGUGGCGGAUCUCCCGCAAGAAAAUCGGAGCUGUUGCUGGACGGCCAAUCCCUUUCUCCGCAGAAAUCAGGAACCUCAGUCUCGUCUUCGAGUGUAGGUUUCGAGGAGAGCGUCUCCGGAGUUCGAUGCCUGCAGGAUCAAAAUUCGAAUCAGCCAAACAACACGGCGCCAUCGAAAGAGAUUAGCAUUGCAGCCCAACUUGCGGAUGAUGACAAUGACUUCCCUUCCCAUUCUCCUACCGCUCCGCUCCAACCUGUAGACGCACGCAUUGCCCAACACAAUUUUUCUCCACACGAGAAUCAGCGAGAUUCUUUUACAUACUACAACUAUUCGAUGACAGAGCCUCGCAAAUCGAGAUGGAAGACUUUUGCCCGAUUAACCGCAUACCCGCGUUCGACACACCUCCAAGAGAAGCUCGUUGACCAGGACUGGCUCAAUGAGCACCUGGGGGAUUAUUCAGAACCCUGGCAGGGCCUUAAUCUAAACGAAAAGGAUCCGGAAAGCGGACAGGCUUUGGGUUCCAAACAACGCAAGAGGAGAUGGGUCAAACGCGCCCAGUCCAAGAUUCUGAGAAGCCCAAUCGUCCCUCUUCUUAUCCGCCUUGCCGUCUUCGUGUUUUCGGUGGUCGCCCUGGCCUUGGGCGGUUCUAUCCGUCGCCAUGCCACGGAAUCUCACCAACCUCAAGGCACAUCUCCCGAUAUGGCUAUUAUAGUCGAUGCAGUCGCGCUGGUGUAUCUGGUUUACAUCACAUACGAUGAAUACACGGGUAAACCCUUGGGCUUGCGACCAGCAAAGGCCAAAUUAAAGCUUAUAUUCCUCGACUUGUUUUUCAUCGUCUUUGCGUCGGCCAAUUUAAGUCUGGCGUUUGAGAAUUUGUCUAAUGUUCAGAGUGCUUGUACAACGAGGGAAGCAGACAAAAUUCUUGUCCCUCGAAACGACAUUCUUUGCGAGAGACAGAAGGCGUUAGCUUCUGUGUUGCUGAUCGUUUUAAUAGCGUGGCUAAUGACGUUCGCGAUCAGUGCUCUAAGAGUUGUGGAGCGAGCAGCCGCCAAGUAA